ACUGCUAGAUAGCUAGAUCUACUAAUCUAGUGACUCAAUUCUAGUCGACUAAGACUUUAGAUUUAGUUAAGUAAAGUUUAAAUCUGCUUGGAUCUUUUCUAGAAAUAACAGUUGUUCAGACAGGCAGAUAGAUGUAGGAAUGUAGGCAAGCUUACUCAUUAUCAAACUCCAUUUGAGUCUUGACUGUCUUGAGUGAGGCCGAGGUCUUGAGAGUUCCAAGAGUCUUAAACUUAGAGGACUUAGAUCUAGACAAUAAAGAAGUCUCUUCCCUUCAGGCAUAUAUAAUAUAGACACCUCUUUCUCUGCUUUUUAGUUGAGCUAGUUAUUUUCAUCAUUUACAACAGUGUAUUCAGGCUAUGUUGUAAAUCUUGCUCCUAAUGAGCAUAGUUAAUACUGGAGUACCUGUGGCUAUCUUGUGUCAGCAUCUAUUUGUUUGGGCUAGGAGAUAAUAACAUAUAUGGAUAUUUGCCAUGUUGCAACCAUUUCUUUACAUACUGAAUGCCCAAAGAAACAUUUUGGCCAGUGGCUCUCCUAGAAGAAAAGAAAUAUUAGAAAAUGUGGGACUUAAAUUUGAAGUAAUUCCUUCAACAUUUGAAGAAAAUUUAGAUAAAAGCCAAUUUACACCUCAAGAAUAUGUUGUUGAAACUGCCAAGCUGAAAACCUCGGAAGUAGCAGAACGAUUAUCACAAACAGGACCACUGCCUGACCUAAUUAUUGGAUGUGAUACAGUUGUUUAUCAAAACAAUCAGAUAAUUGAAAAGCCCAGAGACAAAGCUGAUGCUGUCAGAAUAUUAACUAAGUUGAGUGGAAGGUCUCAUUCUGUAUUCUCUGGGCUGACCUUGUUUGUACCAGCCAGUUCAGAUGUUUUAAAAGAUGGCUGCCCAGUAGUAGACUCAAAGUUCCGCUGUGCAAGUUUUGUAGAACAAACUGAAGUCUUUAUGUGUGAGAUGAGUUCAGAAGUUAUAGAUGCUUACAUUGCUACUGGUGAACCUAUGGACAAAGCUGGUGGCUAUGGUAUCCAAGCUCUUGGUGGAACAUUAGUUAAUAAAAUACAUGGAGAUAAUUUUAAUGUUAUGGGAUUCCCACUGCCAAGGUUUGCCAGGGAAAUGUCAAGAAUAUAUUCCAAAAAAUAGUUUUAAUUUAUUCUGUUUAUGUUAAUUUGUUAUUAAAUUGUAAUAAAAGUUCAAAAUAUUUUUCUCCAUA